GAGACAAGUUAGUUGUGUAGUACCAAACCAAAGCAAAAAAAAUUACUAAGAACAUCGUUCGGAAUUUAAUCCAACAAAUGACUUAUCAGAAAGAUCACGGUCUCCCAUCCUUGGCAGAUGUUCCUUUGCACAUUGAAGACGCACUCAUGAGAUCUGCUAGUGAUGUACCCGUAGGACGAGAAAAAACUAAGGAUAUUGCUAAGUUAAUCAAAGAAAUGAGAAGAUUAAAUAUCAACAAAAGGGUAACAACAACGUUGAUCGAAUCUGGCAAAAAACUUGUUACUGCAAAGGUUAAACUUGAUUCAGAGACCGUUAAAGAGUGGAAGCGCUUAAUGGUGAAUAAAUCACAUGAUGACAAGGAAACAAAUGCCGAGUGGAAACAAAAAAGGGAGAACUUCGAAGGUCCUAUAGAUCUUUUCAUUAGUCGGAUGCAUCUUCUACAAGGCGAUAGAAAGUUUAAGCAGUGGAAAGGCUCGGUUGUUGACUCAGUGGUUGGAGUUUUCUUGACACAAAAUGUUUCUGAUUAUCUUUCAAGCAACGCUUUCAUGAGUGUGGCUGCAAAUUUUCCCGCGAAUGCAAGAGAAUGUUUAGAUCCUCUAGCAUACUACAUUGAGGAACCUGAAGAUGUUAAUGACUCAAUUCUUGAUGACCAAGAACCAACUCAUAUAGGAAACGAUGAUGCUAAGAAUUCUCAGUUCAUCACCUUAUCUAAGGAUUCAAUACCAGAGGUAGAAAAACAUGAGAAAUCUGCAAAAAGGAAAAACAAAAAAACCGGUAUUAUGGAAGAUGCGAUUGUUGAUUGGAAGACUAUUAGAAAUACGUACAGAAAAGAAGGAUCUCGACACAAAAUGCAUAUGGACUCUGUGAAUUGGAAUGAUGUGAGACUAUCUGGCCAGAAAUUUUUUGAAAACAUCAUUAGAACACGAGGGCAAUUCAGGAUUCUUUCAGGAAGAAUUAAGAAAUUUCUCAACGAUGAGGUUAAACAAAAUGGAACUAUUGAUCUUGAAUGGCUCCGAGAUGCUCCAUCAGAUCUAGUGAAGAGAUAUCUAUUGGAUAUUGAAGGGAUAGGACUAAAGAGUGCUGAAUGUGUACGACUGUUAGGAAUUAAACAUUCUGCAUUUCCGGUUGACACAAAUGUUGGUCGUAUAGCCGUUAGACUUGGUUGGGUUCCUCUUGAACCUUUACCAGAUGGAAUUCAAAUGCAUCAACUAUCCCAGUACCCUUCAAUGGAUUCGAUUCAACAAUACCUUUGGCCACGACUAUGUAAACUUCCUCAAGAAACUCUAUAUGUGCUUCCUGACAAUCAUAAGCUUCUCGACGAUUUUGAGAGAAGAGAACUUGAUGAUCCGAGUCCCUACCUUCUUGCGAUUUGGCAACCAGGUGAAACGUCAAACUCGUUCACUCAACCAAAAAAAAAGUGUGACUUUGACGGAUCAGAAUUAUGCAAGAAAAAGACUUGUUCUUAUUGUUGGACUAUACGUGAACAAAGCUCUAACACUUUUCGUGGAACAAUUUUGAUUCCAUGUAGAACAGCAAUGCGAGGGGGUUUCCCACUCAAUGGAACAUAUUUUCAGACUAAUGAGGUUUUUGCAGAUCAUGAGACAAGUUUAGAACCCGUUGUGUUUCCUAGAGAGUGGUGUGACGGACUAGAAAAACGUGCCAUGUACUGUGGUUCGUCGGUAUCAUCUAUUUUUCGACUUUUAGACACAAGACGGAUUCAAUUUUGCUUUUGGACCGGGUUUUUAUGUAUGAGAGCAUUUGAUAGAAAGAAGCGAAUGCCACAAGAACUUGUCCGAAGACUACACACGCCACCUGUUGGGAGAGGGGCAAAAUACAUGCAUGAUGAUGAUAUAUAAUCGUUUAGUUUAGUUUUUCUUUUGUGUAAUUUUGCAAACUUUUUAAAUUGAAUGACAAAAGAAGCUUUUAUGAUUAAAAACAAAUGGUUUUUCAUAUGAUUUGGUUUUCAUUCUGUGUACAAAACGAAAUUGGAAAUAUGGUGUAGUCCAGCCUCUUCAUAACA